CUGCCUAGUCUUAUGAGGAUACCCGCUGGUCAGGCCAUCAUGUGGGCAGUGGCCGACCAAGUGACUGGCUUCAGUGUCCUCAUCUUCCAUCCCCACCCUUGCUAUAGCUUAGGCCAUUGAAAGUCUUUAAUGGAAGAUUGGAGAAGGCAUUGUCUGGUGGGGUGAAGAGGAUGAGGCCUUGGUUUGAGUUGUUGAGCUGGUCUCCAAGUUGGGUGCUCUUCAGUUGCCUGAGCAGUGAGAAGGAUGCUUAACUGCCCAGCCUUCUCUAGGAUUGCUGUGAUGUUGGUAGAGCCAGAAGGGGCUGGGCCGUUUGUAGGUAAAUGAGCUAAGGUUGUGGUGAACAGAAGGGUGAGCAGUAGGGGGGAAGUGAGAAAUGCCAGACAUUCCAAGGAGAAUCGGCCGAUUUCCGAUCCGAUUCACCGAUUCUUAAAACUCUAGAACGAGACUACUGACUCGAGCAACACUUGUACCUCCGAGAUUAUUCUUCGCAUGGAACGCAUAUGCAUGUACGAGAGAGAGAGAGAGAGGGAGCCAUUUCUUCUUCUUCGCAGUCGUCACCCUGGAAAGUGUUAAGAGAUGGGAGAAGAGCAAAAAUCGAUCCCGUCAUAUGUGAAGGCGAUCGCAGUUUCGAUCGGAGGGAUUUUUGAAGCAUGUUGUCUGCAACCGAUCGACGUUAUAAAAACGAGGUUGCAGCUUGACAGGUCCGGUUCUUAUAAGGGAAUUCUCCACUGUGGUGCUACCAUUGUCCGGACCGAAGGUGUGCUAGCUCUAUGGAAAGGUUUGACUCCCUUCGCCACUCAUCUCACCCUCAAGUGUGCUCUUCGUAUGGGCACCAACGCCCUACUUCAAACUACUUUCAAGUACUCUCAGACUGGAAAUCUCAGUAAUCAUGGACGUUUGCUUUCUGGUUUUGGUGCUGGGGUACUCGAAGCACUCGUUAUUGUUACUCCAUUUGAGGUGGUGAAGAUUAGACUGCAACAACAGAAAGGAAUGAGCGCUGAGCUUCUAAAGUACAAGGGUCCUAUACACUGUGCUCGGAUGAUUAUCCAUGAGGAAGGCCUCUUGGGGCUCUGGGCUGGUGCUGCUCCCACUGUGAUACGUAAUGGAAUAAACCAGGCUGCCAUGUUCACAGCAAAGAAUACAUUUGAUGUAUUCCUUUGGAGAAAAUAUGAAGGAGAUGGAAAGGUCCUCCAACCAUGGCAGUCCAUGGUAUCAGGGUUCAUGGCAGGAACUGUAGGUCCAAUAUGCACGGGCCCCUUUGAUGUAGUGAAGACAAGGCUCGUGGCUCAGAGUCGAUCAGGGAACGGGGUAAAGUACAAGGGCAUGUUCCAUGCAAUCAGAACCAUUGCUGCAGAAGAAGGUGUGCUUGCAUUGUGGAAAGGAUUGCUGCCUAGGCUUAUGAGGAUACCCCCUGGUCAGGCCAUCAUGUGGGCAGUGGCUGACCAAGUGACAGGCUUCUAUGAGAGGAGAUAUAUACACAAUGCAUCCUUAUAGGCACAACAUACAUUGUUCAUUUCCUUGUUCCGGCCACUUCACUUGUCUAACAGAAUGCCACAUUGCCAUGGAUGGGGAGUUCAACUAGCACUUGCUGAGAUGAAAUUGGCAGAGAUCAAAUGGGGUUCCUUCACAUUAUAUACUUGCAUGGUGUACCAUGAAUUGAACUUUUCCCAAUUCCAAGUGAACAAUGACUCCUGGGUCCGGCAAAUGGUGCCAUUACGCUGAAGCCUGCAAUUUGAGAAGACAUGAACAUGGAUCCAUUUUGUGAUUUUGGACUACCAAAGAAGCUUCCUUGUGUCAGAAUCAUAUGAAUGGUGGGAAUGUGACCUUCACUGUGAACUAAUUCCUUGGAAUUCAAAACAAGUCUAGUCUUCAAAGCCUGGAUAAUGGACAAUGGAGUUCAUAGAGUUUGGUUUUAUCAGAACCUAACGGUAUGUUUAAAUGGUUCAUUUGCUUUCUAAACAAACCAGUUUUUCAGAGCAAGUUAUGCACAUUGCGU